AUGUCGUUACCGUAUCCUCCUCUGUUGAAUGCUAUAGAAUGGACUACUGCAGGAUCCUUCAACGGUCUACAACGUCGUCGGAUGAGAUUCAUCGACAGCAGUGAAGAUGAAGCUGAAGGUGAUAUGCGUGUGCUGAUGAAUACCCAGGAGAAGCACCACUAUCCUUCAUCCUCAUCAAAAAUGGCAAUCCGACGUCGUACCCGUCAUGCUCCUUCGUUGGCUCCCAUUAAGGAGCCAUUUCGUGAGCCUGACUGUCAUCACCAUCAGUCGACACCCAGUCGAGCUGUCUCAAUGGAUUGUGUCGCCCAAGCGGCGGCCCAUGUCAGUAAUCCUAUGUCAAAACGUCAUUCAUCAUCAUUUGCCAUCAGUUCAGAAAAUGAAUUCAAAGUGAUGGCUGCCAGUAAGCUGAUCGAUGCUAUUGAGAAUUUUCGACGAGCUGAAGUAAGCCGGCCAUUCAAAGGUUCUACGGAAUCAUUACCACCAUCAUCAUCGUCAUUGUCGUCGUCACCUCGACGUACUACAGCCAAUUCCAAAUCGCCAUUCGAUCUUUUAAGCUAUGUUCUGGGAAAAAGAACAGAAAGAUCGCUUUGUGUAUCGCCGCCGAUUCUCAUAUCAUCGACUUGUUCAGCCGUUUCAUUACAAGAUAUCCCGAGCGCUAAUGGAGAACGAAAACGCGACAAUAUGCAGACCAGGGACAUCAUGAAAGAGAUGCUACAAAGGCCAGGUCCUUACCCACAAAUUGUUCUGCCAUCAAGUGGAUUCUGGAUGGAUGGGGUCAGCCAGAAUAACAUGUACCUUGACCAAGAGAUAAUGGGUGCUAGUACAAAUAGUUGUGCCAGAUUCAAGCUGGAAACAGAUGAGACCAGCCACUGCUAUCGACGAUAUUUCUAUGGCAGAGAACACCACGAUUUCUUCACCAUGGAUCCAGUAGUUGGACCAUUAGUACUGUCUGUCAGGACGGAAGUGAUUUCGUCGCAGGACCACUUUAGGAUUAUGCUACGCUCCAAAAAAGGAACCGUACACAAAAUUAUUUCAGCCAGCGCUCUGGCUGAUAGACCUUCGGCUUCACGAAUGGCUCGUUUACUUUGCGAAGAAAUCACUAGCGAACUCUUCACGCCAGUAGCAUUUCCGGGUGGAUCGGAAUUGAUCGUACAGUAUGACGAGCAUGUCCUAACAAACACCUACAAAUUUGGAGUUAUCUACCAGAGAGGUGGCCAGAUUAGCGAAGAGGAACUGUUCGGGAAUGCUCGCAGCUCACCAGCUUUCCAGGAAUUCCUUGGCGUUCUCGGUGAUACGGUCGAACUGCAAGGCUUUUUGGGAUAUCGUGGUGGCCUCGAUACCGUUCAUGGUCAAACGGGUCUCCAAGCCGUGUACACAGAAUUUCGUGGUCGUGAAGCGAUGUUCCAUGUGUCUACAAUGUUACCGUAUACCCUUGGGGAUCAACAACAACUUCAACGUAAACGACAUAUCGGCAAUGAUAUUGUUGCUAUUAUUUUCCAAGAAACUAAUACUCCAUUUGCUCCGGAUAUGAUUGCCAGUAACUUCCUUCAUGCCUACAUUGUCGUGCAACCGAUCGAUGCACUCACCGACAAAGUUCGCUAUCGAGUAUCUGUUGCUGCUCGUGAUGAUGUGCCCUUCUUCGGACCAACCCUACCAGCCCCAUCAAUCUUCAAAAAAGGCCAAGAUUUCCGGAAUUUCCUACUAACUAAACUCAUCAACGCUGAGAAUGCCGCUUAUAAGAGCGCCAAAUUCGCCAAAUUGGCGGAACGUACCCGUUCAUCUCUUUUGGACAGUCUGUAUGCGAACCUAAAGGGACGUGCCGAAUUCUAUGGAUCGCCACUAUUGGAAAGUACAGAACAUUCUGGUGGACUUUUCAGUUCCGUCAAAAAGGCGCUUAUCGGCAGAUCACGUUCCGUUUCACAAGAAGUCAGUACACCAUCUCGCACCGUUUCAAUGUCGGUCCCGUUACGAACAUUUACCGUACCAAAACGAAGUGCAAAUUCGGAACGAGAUAAAAAAACAACUUCGUAUUUCAGGCAAGAGUGGGAAGUGUCAUCGGCUGACAACGAUUCACCCGAAAACGAGGUCGAUUCCGACACGGGAAUGGAAUCGAUGUCAUCUACGGAUCAGCCAUCAACUCGAUUGUCAUGCACCUUCUGUGUCGACGACUGCCAUUCAGCAGAAUCGAAGAAGCUUGAAACCCUCAUGAUGGAUAUCGACCGAUUGAGCGGUGAGAAAUCAGACCUUCUCCGGCAGAAUGUCACCUGUAAAACCGAUAUCAAAAAGUUGAAAGAGAGACAAAGCUGCCUAUCCGACGAAUUGGAACGUGCCAACGAGGAAAUUGCUCGUCUUCGGCGGAUGAUCAAGCGGCCAUCACAGGAGGCCAGUACGGCGGCCGUUCAUCAGACAAACCAUGAACGCUCGUUUAGUGACGUAUCUGUCUAG